AGAAUACGUAUGAAAAAACGCCUAAAUAUGUUUUUUUAAUAAUCUGAUUAUAUAACUAUCGAACCUCAAUAGUUUAACAUACGCUGUACUGUAAUACAGUCAUUAAUAGUGGUAAAUGUAGAUGUAUACAAGAAGCCCUUUUCAAGAAAAUGUUUGUCAAUAUUGUGAUACGCAGCCGUGGUGCGUUUCUUAAUUUCGUUGGCAACCUUGUGGUCAGUAGUUUGUUUAUGGUGAAGAUUUGUGUACCAAAAACGACGAUAUAAGGCUGGCUAAAAUUGUCAAAAUUUCGUGCAGCUGGUUUUUUAAUUACUGCUGUGAAUUUUUGUUGGAUUCAGUCUGAAGUAUAGUGAAAUGUUUUAUAUCACGACGAAGUCAGCAACAUGAAGAAUAUUUGCUUAGUACGGCAGGAUGAGAAAGCAGGGGAAUUAAACAUUGCCCUGGGAGAGGCUACCAUUGGAAGGGGCCCUCUUAUUGGUUGCACUGAUAAAAGGGUGUCCCGUCAGCAUGCUCGAAUGAAGUUGUCUGAGGAGGGCGAUGUGAUCCUUGAGGCAAUUCAUACCAAUCCUUUCUUUUAUAUAAAAGGAGAGAAGCCACCUGUUGAAGUUAGCAAAGGUGAUUUUAUAAUCAUUAAUGAUGGUGAUGAGUUUACACUUCUGCCAGACAGCUAUCGGUACCGUAUUAUUAUACGCUCCGAAACUGGAAGUGACCAGAAUGGCCACGUUGAAGCCGAACAGAGUACGACUGAAGCACAAGGCACACGCCAAAAUCACAAAAGACAUUUACCAGCAUGGAUGUUAAACCUCACUAAAGAUGGCUUAUGUAAUAAUAACAUCAAAAUGCCAAGUUCCUCAAAAGUCUCUACAAGUCGACGAAAGAGGGAAGAUGUCAUAAAACAUGAGAACGCAGUUCAAAAGAAAGUAAAAGUGGACUCAGAGGACAGUUCUGGAUCAGAAAAGAAUAAGAGGUUAAUCGGUAACGAUAGUAGUCUUGAUCGUGAUGUGUCAGAAAGUAAAUGGGAACCUCAGCAGACAAAAUUUCAUGAAAUGAGUGAUGAUGAGGAUGGUGGUACUACUGAUGGGCAGAAAGUGGAAGCAGAGACUGGAGGACCCAUUGAGGACGAACCAAACACUACAACCCAGACAAGUGAUUCAAGCGUCAGUGUCACGCAACAUGAGACAGCAAAAGUACAAAAGAAGAAGUGCGUAUAUGGAGCAAAAUGUUACAGAAAAAAUCCACAACAUCACGAUGAAUUCAGCCAUCCUGGAGAUCCAGAUUAUGAUGAUGACCUCCCAGAAUGUCCGUACGGUAUAACAUGUUACCGCAAGAACAAGCAACACAGGCUUGACUUCAAACACUCUACAAGACCAUGCAGGGCAAAAAGGCCACAGACCAAAAACCAAAACUCUGACAAUGAGGAUGAUGAUGAUGAUGAUUAUGAUGACCCAUUCCUAAAUGAUGCAAGUUCAGAUGACUACCAGCCUACAGGUAGUGGGUCGGACAUUUCAGAUAGAACAAGCUCAGGAGAUGAGGAAUCGGAUGCCAGGAGGAUGAUGAAGGAAGCUAAGACAUUUAUAAGAAAGAAAAAAUGAACAUGAUCUCCAUGUGCACACCUGUUUUCAAAAAGUGUAAAUUGCGACUGUGAAUUGUUUUUUUUACUUGUUUAAAAUUUUCGUUUUCUGUGGAGCAGUGCUUAGGCAAGAGAGCCGGCUGGCAAGAUGAUGUACAGAGGUUGCUGUUGGCGCGCUUGAUCACAAAACUGCCAAUUAAUCAAGAAAUUACUUUAAAAGCUCCUGAAAAUGAGGCAAGAUGAUCAAUAAUCAGACUAGGAGGAGGUCUACAGGACACUGUGUUAAUCGUGUUUGCCAGUACUGUAGGGAGAAACUACACCCCAUGGUUAUCAGAGGAUUGUACGGCAAGAGGACAUAGGAGAUACUCACUAGCCUAGCAAUUUUGAGUUUUAUAGUAAGUAAUGGAGGUAAGUGUCCACUGACACACACAAACAAGCCAGUGGUUACUAAGCAUAUUAGUCUAAUAGUGUGUGUGUUAGAUCUGUUAGUCUGGCUAUGGUGAUUGGUAAUGCAGCAAGUUGAGAAGACUGAAGUGUUAUGGCCAGAUCUGGAACAUCCCUUCAGAUAUAAAUAAUGUAAACUCUUCCUUGGGCCUGUUAUCCAAAGAACACAGAGUAACAGUUGACUGUAAGGUAAUGAAGAUCAUGAAAUUAUACUGGAUUAUAUCAAAAAGUUUCAUAUAGGUGAUAGGACCAAAAAUAUAUCCUGCAGACUCACUGCUGUGAAAACCUCAAAUCCUACACCAAAAAUAUAAUUCUGCAGGGAUGAAGUUCAUUUGACUGGUAUGAUGGAAUUAUUGAAUUAGCAACUGUCAGUUACAUUUAUAUACCAACCACUUUAAUAAACAUUCUUUUAUUGUUUCUA